AUGGAUGAAGUGUUUUUGUGUCGCUUUUAUAAUGAUUGCGUUUUAAAUUUUAAGGAUCGAAACUUGCAGGGAGAUCGAUCGGAUAUACAAUUAUUUACCUUUUUAGGAUAUUUAUUAUUAAUUGCAGAAAAUUGUGUAAAUACCAUUCCCUGA